UAGGGGGAAGGUGUUGUCGCCACACGCUUUUCGUCGAUACACAUUUCUUUUUUUAUUGGGUCUCUGGAAACGAACCACGGUACAAUAGUUUGCAAAAUGUUAAAGGGCAGCACAUUAAAGGCAUUGGAUGUGAGAAUUUGGCAGAGCUUCAUUGAAACAAGCUGUCAGCAAAAACGAUCGUAUGUCAAUGGCAUCCAACGCACCUAUUUAACUUUCAACGAUCUGCGCAACAAAAAUCGCUCUUACACGAAAAAGGAGCUCGUCGGCUACUCCAUGCAGGACAUGUACAGUGUGGUCUCCGAUGUCAGCAACUAUUACAAAUUUGUGCCAUACGUGAAGCGUUCCCAUGUCCACAGUCGUGACAAUGCCGGAUUCAAGGCAGAUUUAAUUGUCGGCUUCCCCCCGCUCAACGAGGCGUAUACGUCACGGGUGACGCUGCAGCCGACGACGCUGGUGAAAUCGGAAUGUCACGAUGGACGAUUGUUCAACUAUCUAUUGAACGAAUGGCGUUUCAGUCCCGGCCUCAAGGAUAUACCAAAUUCGUGUGUACUCGACUUUAAGGUCGCGUUUCGGUUUCGUUCUCUAUUACACAGUAAUAUAGCCAACCUAUUCUUCGAUCUGAUAUGCGAUCAAAUGGAGAAUGCGUUCAUUCAAGAGGUGCGACGACGCAGUGGACCUCCCUCGAUUCGUUCGCAUGUCCUCGAAUCGAAACGGUCCUGACAAAGUUAAUCUAAUGGCUUAGUUGUACUAAUAUAUAAGUUAGAAAAAAAAAAACAAAACUUCAUAUUCAUGUUGUACAGAUUUGCGUUCAUAUAUACUUAUAUAUAUAUAUUUUUGUUACAACAAUUAAACAGAUUGUAAAUAAACCAAAUAACACAAGAACAUAUGGUAUAAGUACAUACAUAAAAUCCAUUUCUUCAUUAAUCGAUUCUUCUUUCCGUCCAACAGUCUCGUUAUUUUUUUGAGGGGAUUACUUAAAUGUUUAAUUGACAGCAUCGGUGUUAGUGUGUUUGUGUUUAGAACUAAGUAAAAUUAAAUAAAAAUUCUAUGGAAUGGCAUCGAUUAAGUCGAGAAAGAUUCUCUGGAGCUGCCUACAACAUUACAUUACAUGUUUUCAUACAAUAUCGAUAUCGAUCGAUACGUCGUUUAUACGAAGUGAUCAUCAUAAUGAUUGCAAUAUCAUCUAUGGUAGUAUAACAGGGAUACAAGAGAUGGAACAAUGAUGAUUACGUAUCAUGCAAUUUACAAUAGCUUACGAAUAUUGCAAUU